GGAGGGAGGGAGGAGAGCGGGAGGAGGGAGGCGGCCUCCGUCCAGCCCUCGGGGCGGGGCGCCGGGGAAGACAACAGCUCGCCGUCCGGAGCCCAGAAGGAGCCGCUCGCCGCCGAAGGGAGUCGCGCCGAGGGUCAGCCCCGCAGCUUAGAUGUCCAUGAGGAGCCCUGCCUCUCCUCAGCUGGAGCUCAAUGGAGCUGGGAACAUGGUGAACUGUGCCAUUAAGACAGAAGAGAAGAGCGAGAAUUGCUGCGAGUCUACAUGGGGGGAGGCAACCAGCACCACACCUGCCUCUGACAAACUACAGAAAUCACCAUUGCCACUGAAUGAAAUUACUGACUCCCAAAUUCUCUUACAGGAACCUGCAUCUCCAGCAGACAAAGCAUUAUUGAAUUGCAGGAACUCUGCAUUUGAGUCUACAGUUUCCAGCCGAGAAAAGUUGGAUUUCAAUAAAAACUUAAAAGAAGUAAUGCCGACCAUUGAGAAAUUAUUGUCCAGUGACUGGAAGGAGAGACUUCUGGGGAAAAAUCCCAUUGAAUCCAAAGAAGUAAAAGGAACCCAAGAAAGCCUAGCAGAGAAAGAGUUGCAGUUGCUGGUCAUGAUUAACCAGCUGUCCAUCCUACGGGACCAGCUUUUGACAGCCCAUUCAGAGCAGAAGAACAUGGCAGCUAUGUUGUUUGAGAAGCAGCAGCAACAGAUGGAGCUGGCCAGACAGCAGCAGGAACAGAUUGCCAAGCAACAGCAACAGCUUAUCCAGCAGCAACACAAGAUCAACCUGCUACAGCAGCAGAUCCAGCAGGUCAAUAUGCCAUAUGUAAUGAUCCCAGCCUUUCCUCCCAGUCACCAGCCUCUUCCCGUCAGCUCCGAUCCUCAAAUGGCACUUCCCAUCCAGCCAAUCCCCUGUAAGCCAGUGGAAUACCCAAUGCAACUGCUGCACAGCCCCCCUCCUUCAGCGGUGAAGAGACCCGCAAGCUCAGGCCAUCUGCAGAUCCAGGAAUCAUCACAGCCACUGAACUUAACAGCAAAGUCCAAAGGUUCUGAGCUCUCCAACUCUUCCAGCUCACCUAACUUAAAGAUCAGCAACUGUCAGUCACUCGCUCCUAACCAUGGUGCUUGUCAGGAGCUGCAGACCAACCCUCCCAGCCUUCCUUUAGGGUUCCUUGGAGAGGGCGAUGCUAUAACCAAAGCAAUUCAGGAUGCUCGGCAACUUUUGCACAACCAAAGCAGAGCAAUAGAUAGCUCCCCAAAUCAUCCUUUCAGGAAGGAUCAUACUGGCUUGGACUCUUCACCUGUGAAAGAACAGGCAGAUGAGACUUUCCAGAGACUGGAUGAAUCCAUGUUAGCCUGCGACAGUGAUGGCUCACGGCAUUUUCCUGAAUCCAGGAACAACAACCACAUAAAACGUCCCAUGAAUGCCUUCAUGGUGUGGGCCAAGGAUGAGAGGCGCAAGAUCCUGCAGGCUUUCCCAGAUAUGCACAAUUCAAGCAUCAGUAAGAUUCUAGGCUCCCGAUGGAAGUCAAUGUCGAACCAGGAAAAGCAACCCUACUAUGAGGAACAAGCCCGGCUCAGCCGCCAGCACCUGGAGAAAUAUCCCAACUACAAAUAUAAGCCUCGCCCCAAACGUACUUGCAUUGUGGAAGGGAAGCGGCUUCGUGUUGGCGAAUACAAGGCACUGAUGAGGAACCGGCGGCAAGACGCCAGGCAGGGCUACCUGAUUGCGCCCCAGAGCAGUCAGAUGCCACCUUCUGCUUCAGAUCUCAUGUACCAGCGGUCUGUUGGGCUUCAGCUAGCCCCACCUCUCAUGGAUCACUACUUGCCUCGUGGCAUGGAGCCGGACAUGCCUGUUAUCGUCAACACACAUAGUCUAAAGCCAGAGGAAGGAGAUGGGAUUGAGGACAGUCAUUCAGUGCCUGAUGGAGAAAUGUACCAUUAUAGCGAAGAUGAGGAUUCAGAAGGGGAAGACAAGAGUGACAGCGAGUUAGUGGUUCUUACAGACUGAACUGAUGGGUGUUGGCUGAGUGGGGAGGAAUAUCUCUGGGGUUGGGGGGGGGACUUCAUCAGCCUCUUCCUCUCUUUCCAACUCAUAUAACUGGAUGGACAAUAAUAGGAUGGUUUUAUUCAGGCUGUCUGGCUAAGAAAAAUGAGAGGCCACAAUCUUCUGUUACUGAGAAAGGCAGCAGCCCAACCAAGAUGGUUGUAUCAAAUCUAAUAUUAGGAUAGGGGCCGUAUCUCAGUAUUAGAGUACCUGUUUUGCAUGCAGAAAGUCCCAGGUUCAGUUCCCAAUGUCAUCAGUGAUCUAUCCUGGAGAGCUCCUUACAGCCAGAGUAGAUAACACUGGAUUAGAUGGACCAAUGGUUGUUUUCAGUAUAGGGCAGCUUUAUGUAUGUUAAAUUUGGGAAUCCUGCAGCCCUUCAUAUGUUGUUAAUCUGCAGUUCCAAGCAUUCUUAUGGCUGGGUUGCCUAGAUUUAUUGGAAAUUGUAGUGCAACAAUAGCUGGAAGGUCACAUAGUUCCCUCCCCUGCUUUAUGUUUAACGUGGAGGUGGAUUUACAAGAAUUGGGUCCAUACCCAUGACAUUUGCAGGACUUCUUGCUAAUUCAUCUUCUUUCUUGGAAGAGAUAUUGGAUUUGCCCCACUAUGUAUACAUACACCAGGUUUAGACUAGAAGAGUGAUACAUGAAUGAUUGAGAAUGUUUUAAUGCAGUUGGUGCUGAAAUCUCUCUUUCCAUGAUAAGGGGCAGAGCUCUUGCCUUUUAUGUUUAGGCAUGGGGCUUUCAAACCUGCUUUGAAGUUAAAUGAGAGGGAGGCUGGAUGGCCAUCUGUCGGGGGUGCUUUGAAUGCAAUUUUUCUGCUUCUUGGCAGGGGAUUGGACUGGAUAGUCCAUGGGGUCUCUUCCAACUCUAUGAUUCCAUGAGUACAUGUAUGGUGAAAACAAGAAGGAAGGAUGAAAUUCAGUUCAACAGAUCCAGAAGUGAUUCUCUGUGAAGCCACCAUCUUUUUGAGUAAUGCAAAUGCCCUUUGUGUUUUCAGGAGUGAGAUCAAAACUUGGCAAAGUCCAUUCCUUACAGUUGAAAUAGCAUUUGUCUUCUUUGUAGCACUCAUUUAUGCUGGAGAAAUCUUGCCAAGAAAAUCUAGUGAUAAGGUUUCUUUAGGGUUGCCAUUGGUUGGAAGUGACUUGAAGGCACGUAGUAACAAUUGCAAAGAAGCAGGUGUUCAGUGGUUGAGCAGUUCUUGGUUGGAACCUGUUGCUGCACUGUGCCAAUUAAUUCCACUGAUAUAGGUGGUGUCAUGAAGAAAAAGGUUGUGGUUAUAAAGAAGGAAGCAAGGCUUUGGAGAAACAGAUUCCUUGGAACUGACAGUUUUUCUCUACCUUGCCUCACCACUGCUAUGUUAUUUGUAUGUUAGGUGCCAUCAAGGCAAUUCCAACUUAUGUUGAUCCUAUCAGUGUUUUCUUGACAUUCUUUGUUCACUGGAUGUUGGCCAUUGCCUUCCUUUAAGCUAAGAGAGUAAUGCUUGUCCAAGAUCUCCCAGUGGGGUUCUAUGGCUGAGUAGGGGUUUGAAUCCUGCUCUGUUAGAGUCCUAAACCAAGAUUUAAAUCACUGCACCACUCAGACUCCAGCCAUUGCUGUACAAGCUUGACAAAAAUAUAACCCACAAGCAUAAUGCACGAAUAAGAUGCCAGCCCUUGUGCCCAUUCCUCAUGUGCCUAUGCUCUUUUUCUUUCCUCCUCUCAGUCUUUCCUCACUCCCAGCCACCUUUUCUUGACACUAGUGUCCAUCCAGCUGAACAGAUCCCUUUACCUGUUUCACAUCCUGCACAGCUGUUCCAGCUUAUAGUAGCUCCAUACAGUUGCCACUCUCUGCUGACUUCUCUUUUUACUUUGCUUUAAAAAAACCCCGAAUGUCUGGGCGGAACACUUGUUCCGGAUGUCAACCAGUUCUACUUGUUCCUACUUCCCCUCCCUUUCCAACUUUACUUUGUCCUGUGUUUGUUUCUCUCUACUCCCACUGGUCCUGCCAGUAAAUUCCCAUGGAGCCAUUUUUAGCUCUGGACUUGAAUGAAUAACAACGGAGGUCUCAAAGGGGCCCCUUUAUAUCCUUGGCAGCCUUGGCCCUGCUUGUAAAUUAAGCCACUGCCUAUUCUCCCUCCUGUGCUUCUUGCCUGCCAGUUCUCGGUAUGCACGGCAGGAGAGGAGGCCUCCUCGGCAGCAUCAAUGCAGUCUAACUAGGUUCCUUAGGGACAAAACUUGAAACCUCUGGGAAUUCAUAUGAAAUGAGAAAUUUCAUUGGAUUAAUCUGAUUAUUAAAAUAACAAAUUAGGGCUUUCAAUAAUUGAAAAUCCACACACACAUCCCACUUCAAAAGAUGGUGAUGCUCAUAUCCACAACACGUUAUUUGCUCUCUUAUUGUACACUGGGGUUCAAUUCACAAUACAAUUGUAACCAUUGCUAAAACACACAUAAUCACCUAAAACAUCCUGCAAAUACACAUAUUAAAACAUAUUUCUACAAAAUACAUAUUAAAAUACACAGAACAAAGAUUAAACAUAAGACACAAGCUUAAAAUUCAUGAUUAAAACUGGCUAUGUCGAUUCUACUUUAUCUAUUAUUGAUGCAUUCUAUGAAAUUCUGGAUUUUGUAGUUUUGGGAAACACUAGAGUUCUCUGGCUAAGAAUUCUAAACACCUUUCUAAGUUACAAAUCUCAACAGUGACAUGUUGUUAUUAAAGCAGAAAUAAAAGUGACAUAGUGCAAAAUGAUGUACUGCAAAAAAGUUCUGAGUCGACUGUGUAGGAUACUCUUGGAUUUGUUUUAUCAGCUCCUGCUCCUUUUGUGGCUUUGGCUAAUGUAAAUUAGCUAAACCAGAGAAAUAGAAGGGCAUUAAGGAUCUUUUAGUAAAUUUAUGUGUGAUUUAUGGUAGAUUGGUGAAGGUUUCUGAUACCCAAUGCAUAAAAAUGAGAACUACUGAAAUGAUUAAAUGAUUAGGGUAUCCAGGAGUGGAUUUACAAUGAAAAAUAAAGUUCAGUCCAGUUCAGGCACUGGUAAUACUUUUUAGUGCUCAGAGAUUUCUUAAUCUUUCAUUCUGAGUGCAUAUCACACUUGGAUUGAAUAAACUUUUUUAAAAAAGGGAUGUCUGAAAAAUCCAACAUUUGUCCUUUACCCCCAUGGCCAGUAAAGAGCACUGGGGAUUUAGAGGGUCUGUCUCUUUAAAAUUAUAUAUAAACAAAAGUGUGUGUGCGCGCGUGUGUUUGCAAUUGCAUAUGAUCUUUCCCUAUAUUUUUAUUUUCUAAUCAUAUUUGGAUGAGUCUCUUCAACAUUUUGUGCAUUUCCAUUGGCCUUUGACUAUUUUCUAGUGAAUACCUGUACACUGUAUAUGAAUGUUUUAAAAUCUCAAAAUGGAAAGCUUUUGCUCUCUACUGGCAGAAGCUGGAAUGGCAUCAAGGCAGCUAAAUUGGUAGAGGCCCUGGGAUUACUCUCUCCUGUUCCCACAGUAAAUACGUAAUCUUCUCUUUGGACAGGAUGGUAGUUUCCUUCCUUAUGUUUUGGAGAGAGAAGUAGACCUACUAAUAAUUUGCAGGAAAGAAGGUUGCUUUUAUAUGCUACUUUAAAUUUCAGACCAUUCCUCUCUUAUAGUAUCAUAUUUCAGUUGAACUAAAGUGGAAAUGGACGAGACAGAUGUAAGUAGAAGUGUCUUUUUCUGAGAUUCACCUCCAUUUCCACUUUUAAUAGGAAGGAAAGAUAUUUUCAAGAAAAUUCCCUAGUCAUUUCAGAAGAGUUCCUCUUUGGGUAAAUUUUAAAUGUUAAAGUGAUAGUUUGGGGAUUCUAAGAAUGGAACUCCAAAAAAAGCAAUGUUUCCAAGCCCUGCUCAGAUGCUAAUAGGAGAAACUAAUCUUAGGGUUAGCUAGGAAAAGGCUGAUGGUCUGUUCUCUUCUUAAGAACAAUACAUUUGUUGCCAGGGUUCUCAACUCCAUUGUCUGCUUUUUUUGUUAUCUUGUCACCAUUCCUGGGAACUUUGUUAGCUGCUUUGGCUCCCCUCACUUGCUUGUGAAAGAGCCACAUUUAUUCCUCCCAUCCCUAUUAUUUAUUUGUCUCGUUUACAUCAAAGACAACUUUGCUAAAAAUAUGGUGUUGCAAGAGAAUCAUAGAUAGAAUGAGUUUGUUGCUCUCUUGGGCAGAAGCAUCUUGGGAAUGGGUUAGGCUUUGCCCAUUCCUGUUGUUACAGACUUGCUCUUUCCCUCACUACCCCACCCACCCUGGUGUGCUUCCCCAACUGGCUGCUGUUUCAUUUUGUUUCUUCCCCAACUCUAAAAUGCCUGUACAUAUAGAUAGAGCUUUAUUUUGUUAUUAAGAUUAGUAACUUAACCUGUAUAUUUCAACGUACAUGUUUAUAGUAAGUUUUUGUUUUCUUGGUACAAUAAAAAGAAUGUUUUGGAGCAGA